AUGCCCAAAAGCAGUAAAGUGACCCAGCGCGAGCACAGCAAUGAGCAUGUCACAGAGUCUGUGGCGGAUCUGCUGGCCUUGGAGGCCCCCAUGGACUACAAGAGCAGUCAGAUGAGCAUGAACAUGGCUGGAGGAGGACCGCCACCAAUAGGCAAGCAGCCAGACAUCUCCCCCGAUCUGGAAGACGGACGACCAGCCUGGAACAGCAAGCUGGAGUACAUACUGGCCCAGGUGGGCUUCUCAGUGGGUCUGGGCAACGUUUGGCGCUUUCCCUACUUGUGCCAGAAGAAUGGAGGAGGUGCAUACCUUGUCCCAUACUUCAUCCUGCUUCUCCUCAUUGGCAUCCCACUCUUUUUCCUGGAGCUGGCCGUGGGUCAGAGGAUCCGCAGAGGGAGCAUUGGGGUCUGGAACUACGUUUAUCCUCGACUGGGUGGCAUCGGUGUGUCCAGUUUAAUGGUGUGUGGCUUUGUGGGUCUCUACUAUAACGUGAUCAUAGGCUGGAGCAUCUUCUACUUCUUCCAGUCGUUCCAGUAUCCUCUGCCCUGGAGCGAGUGCCCUAUCCGGAGGAAUGGAAGCCAAGCCAUUGUGGAGCCAGAGUGUGAAAAGAGCUCUGCAACUACGUACUUCUGGUACCGUGAAACAUUGAACAUCACCAGCACUAUCGCUGACAGCGGAGGGCUGAACUGGAGGAUGACUCUGUCUUUGCUGGGAGCCUGGAUCAUCGUCUGUCUGGCGGUAAUUAAGGGCAUCCAGUCAUCCGGGAAGGUGAUGUACUUCAGCUCCCUGUUUCCAUAUGUGGUGCUCUUCUGCUUCCUGGUACGUGGAAUGUUUCUUAAAGGCGCUGUGGACGGCAUUGCUCACAUGUUCACCCCUAAGCUGGAGAUCAUGCUGGAGCCGCAGGUGUGGCGUGAGGCUGCCACUCAGGUUUUCUUCGCAUUGGGUCUGGGUUUCGGUGGAGUCAUCGCUUUCUCCAGCUACAAUAAGAGGGACAAUAACUGCCAUUUUGAUGCUGUGCUGGUCUCCGUCAUCAACUUCCUGACCUCCAUUUUAGCCACGCUGGUGGUGUUUGCUGUGCUUGGAUUCAAGGCCAACGUCUUGAAUGAGAAAUGCAUAGUGGAGAACGCUGAGAAGAUACUGGACCUUUUGAACUCAAAUGUGCUGAGUCAUGAUCUGAUCCCUCCUCAUGUUAACUUCUCCCACCUGACUUCUUCUGACUAUGCCGAGAUGUAUGAAGUGAUUAAAAUUGUAAAAGAAGACAGUUUCUCUCAGCUGGGCCUGGAGCAGUGUCUGCUGGAGGAUGAACUCAAUAAAGCUGUUCAGGGAACUGGUCUAGCCUUCAUUGCUUUCACAGAGGCCAUGACACAUUUCCCAGCAUCCCCCUUCUGGUCAGUAAUGUUCUUUUUCAUGCUGAUUAACCUUGGCCUGGGCAGCAUGAUCGGCACUAUGACUGGCAUCACCACUCCCAUCCUCGACACCUUCAAAAUACGCAAGGAGAUCCUCACCGUGGCCUGCUGUAUCGUGGCGUUUCUCUGCGGCCUGUUGUUCGUCCAGCGCUCAGGAAACUACUUUGUAACCAUGUUUGAUGACUACUCUGCCGGCCUGCCUCUCACUAUCGUAGUCGUCUUGGAAAAUGUGUCUGUGGCCUGGAUAUAUGGCACCAAGAGAUUCAUGCAGGAUCUGGAGGAUAUGCUGGGUUUUAAACCGUACAGGUUGUAUUUCUACCUCUGGAAGUACGUGUCUCCAGUCUGUCUUAUUAUUCUCAUUGCUGCCACUGUUGUUGAGAUGUCCAUAAGUCCACCUGGAUACAAUGCUUGGGUUCAGGACCUGGCUACAGAGAGGUUCCAGAGCUAUCCUCCGUGGGCGUUGGUCAUGUGUUUUGCCCUCAUCAUUCUGGCCAUGCUUCCUCUGCCCCUGGUCUUCAUCGCCCGCCAUUUCAACUGGCUGCCCGAUGGCUCCAACAAGCUGUCUGUCUCCUACCGCAAGAGCCUGACCAAGGACACGUCCAACCUGGAGGAUGAGACACGCUUCAUCCUGGGCAAGAACCCCAGCGAGGCGCCCUCCCCAAUGCCCAGUCACCGGGCAUACCUGGGCCCUGGCAGCACAUCGCCUGUGGAGCUCAUCACCAACUCCACCUCCAUCAGCGGCUAUGGCAGUGGCUACCAGACCAACCCCGCCCCGCCCAAAUCUGAAUCAUGAACCCCCACCAGCACACCCCAAAAGAACUGAGGCUGAGCUUGAUGCAGCGAUGGAGAAGAAGAGGAGGAAAAGGAAUUGAAGGGAGUGAAGUCACAGCCAUACAGAGGAAACGAUAGGAGAAGAAAGGACAAAAGGAAAAAUAGCCUGCAUUCACCAAGUCACUAGAACUAGCCCAAAAGUAACAGAAGGUAUAUUAACACCUUGUCUCUCUCCUACUCACCCAUCUGGACCAAAGCUGCUAAGCAUUUCCACUGAUGAGGGGGUGGACAGAGAUUGCACUGAAUCAUCCGCACAGUACUUAGAGGUCCACAUAACCGUCUGGUGAGUGGCUUACUAUGACUGCCCUUGCAUAUAGAUUUGCUUAUAAAUGAAAAUACUGUAGAUACAUUGUUAAAAACCAGUUUAAACCACUGACUAAACUCUGUAUGGCAAGGCUUUGGGUCCAGUAAUGGAUGCAAGAGGGAUGAAGCACAUAUUUAUAAAGGCUUUUCAGUAUGUUUCUCUCUGUUGUAACCUUAGCUCUUGCAGCCGACCACAAUGAUGCAGUGUUUAAUGAGCACUGUCCAAGCUGCAGGAAACUUUUAGACCUGCGUUUCCGUAAAUGGAAUUUCAGAGUGUGGAUGAAUAAAAAAAAGAAACAAAAAUUGAGCCUGCCAUUCUAAGUGGUGUAGCCAAACACAUAAAGAUGUAAGGGUAUCACAACAUUGAGAAAUAUACUGUACAGGUAAUGCUUAUGUAAUCAAUAGUAUUUACUCUAACUCUUGUUCUUUGUAAGUGUUCAUGCUUAUAGAUAGGCCUAGCACAGUCUACCAUGAUCUCACCUAGUACUGACCAAAUGUCUCCACUAAGGGGCAGCCAAUGUACCAAAAAAAAAACAAACAAAACACAAUAUAGUCUUAAUGCAGUAUCAAUCAUACACAGUAUCAAUGACAGCUCGGUUUUGUGGUUAUAGGAAAUUUUGUUGUGUUUUUUUCCUUAAGGUUUCAUUUUGGAAAGCCUUCAUUAGAUAUAGAUAUAUCUAGUUUUAGUAAUAAAAUGACUGCCAGAACAGAAAAAGAUAGCACAAAAAGAAGCACAUUUAUGUUUUUUUGGAGAUGCAGUACCAGUACAGGAGAUUUUCAAGGCAGUCUUCACCAAGCACAAAAAACUAUAGUACAGCUUAUAUAAAAAUAGGCUAAUGUUGUUGCCUAACAGUAGGAUUACACAAUUUUCUGUGAGUAACUUAAUUGGUUGAAUUAGCUCAGCCUGAUUUUCUUAUUAUCUGUAAAAAAAAAAAAAAAAAAGUAAAAAGACUGCACACCCAAAAAAGCAACAAGUGGUAGCUUUUAUGGACACAGUACAUAGUGUUUUGUGCUUAGUGGGGACAGCCCUUUCUGACAGGAAUGGAUGUAAUUAUACAAAAAGAACUACAAGAAUGGUGACAUACCAGUUAUUAUUACAUUUGUCUAUGUUAUUUACAUAUGCCAAUAUCAUAUUAUUGUGUAUAGCAAUUAUUUUACACAUCACUUGCACUGCACUUCGAUGCUUAUUGCCUACUAUAGGCCAUCUGAUAGUGCCUCCCUAGUAGGCAAUGAAGUUAAUUUGCUCAAAGAAUCACACAAGCAAGAUUUUGUAUGUUGUUGUUGCAGAUUGUUGUACAACUGUGAGCACAAGUUGUUUGGAAAACAAAGCAGACACUGGCAUUCUCCUCUAAAAGUAGGCACACUUCAAGCUAUUCCCCAGUUCUGCACCUUGGCAAAUGAGGCAGCAAAGCGUUUGAUCGCUCGGCAGCUUGCACCUUCCCUGUGUUUUCUCCGGCGACCAGCACGGUGAGCACGGUGUAAAAAUAGAGGCGAGCAGCGCGGUGCGCAGCAGCCGGUCCCCAGGGGAGCCCGUGUCACACACAGUGCGACCGCAUGCUAACGAAUUCUCAUUGCGUGAGGCGGAGGGGUGGGGGGGCAGAUUCUCAGCAUGGACUUGCUGUUCCUACAGGAGCUUUGUGGAACCCCUGGCAACCACUGCACUCUCUCUUUUAUCCAAUGCAUGAAAACAGUGAGAUUCCACACACUGAAAAAAAAAUGUGAUGCUUGAAAUUGAAUUUGAUGUUUCUUCAAAUUUGCUUUAAUCAAGCAAAAAUGUUUACAUCAUUUCCAUGAAAUAUAUCACAACACAAUUAAGGCCUAAAAUACAUAAACUGAAAGACAGAAUUGUGCUGAUGUAAUGCAGUUUAUUGAUGAGAACAUCAUGUAUGCAUUUGAAUUGCAAUUAGUGCAUCACAUUUUUUAGUGUUAAAAUUUUUAGUGCACUUUAUUUUUCCACUAAUAAAUGUUCCAGAUCCUUUCUGAAUAAUUAUUCCAUUACAAAAAAUGUAAAAUCUGUUGCCUAUAGCCUACUUUAUGCUGCACUAUAAAAGCUACGCUCCACAUGACAGAAGUUGCAGCAGAUAGAGUUUAGAUUGAAAACUGUUGCAAUUCUCCUUCAAAAUAUUAAAGUCAAACAUUCCUUGGAUGGUCUAGAUUUUACCUUAAGGAGGGAGCGAUGUGACACAUCUGCUAAACCUGAUAAUCAACUAAUGAAUUAAAUUAGGCAUGUUGAAGCAGGAAAAUCACCCAACUGUGCUGGAAAAAAGCCCUCCAGGGCUUCAGUUAGGCCUAGUGAGAUAGUUGUUGAUGUUUUGUCUGUAAUAUCGUAUUGUAACCACAGUGUGUCGUCAUCUGCCAGUGAAAGACAGCCUGAAGGUGUGUCUCUAUGCCUCCUUUUUCUCCUCCAUAGCAUCUCCAAAAUGUCAGUGGACCAGCCCCCUCCACCCCCACCUACCCCAUUUUCUCCUGCCCCAGCUAAGCUCAGCUGCAAGACAGUGCCUAUUAGUGAUUUCUAGAGCACUGUCCUGAUGUCUAGUCUGUAUGUACGCAUAUUAUUGUGCUGUUCAGAAAUGAUGUCAAAGGCUUUAUUCAGACAGGCAGCUCAAAUCCAAUUUUUGGCAUGUCUGGUUUGAGAAGGAAAGAGUUUCUGCAGUGUGAAAGGCAAAAAGGAUAGAUGAAAUUCUUUUUCCAAUUCAAGCUGCAUUUGUAUUUCACAUUGGUUUUAAAUGCGAUUUCAAUUUGAACAUGUCACUCAGUUUGGCCAGUGAAAAAGCACAAACAGAAUCAGAUUAUAUUUGAAUAUAUAUGUAUAUAUAUAUUAAGGCACAGUAACACAGACAGCCUAUUUAAAAAAUUUUAAAAGAAUAUUUGGUACAUAAAACUACACAAAUAUUAUGAGUGGACCACAAAGCAAGAGAUAAAUAGAAGAAAAAUGUUUGAUAUAGGUCCUGUAAUGUCAUUGAACUGUGUAAGUGAAAGUGAAAAUAUAAUGUUAACAUCUGUCAGCUUAUUUGAAGUUAAAUAAAAUCCUAAUUUUGAUGUAAUAAGUUCCAUUUUCACCAAAAUGCAUCCCCGGUGGGAUCAGAUUUUACUUUUCCCAUGUAAAAAGCAUAUCAACACGUAAUUUCCAUUUUAUUUUUAUUAAGUACAUUAAGAGUUGAUGAGCUUGGCUCGGAUGCUUUCACCUUUUUUUGAGAAACUCUAGCCUUCCAUAUGCUCCAUCUUUUCUUUUAUUGUUUAUCCUUUCACCUGCUCGGCAGGUGCAUUUCCUUUCACAUAAUUGUGUGCAGUAUACAGAUACAAUUACAAUAUACAAUAUGUAUACAAUUUUAUACAGAUAGUAAAGUCGCAUUCAGUCUCCAACCACCUCCAAGUGUGGUUUGAGUGAUCCAAUUGUAAUCUGUUUACAGUGCAUCCUGGGGGUGUUUACACCUGGCUUUUCAUGCAGUCAAAUGGAUUCCGGAUAGAACAGCCUUUUUACUCCUUGCAUCAACAUGCACUGUGAUCCGAUCACCUAAAACACAUUUUAAUGUAGGGUGUAAACAGGCUCUUAAGCGAAAGAUGUAGCAUCUGAGGGGCUGGAGUGUUCCCCAAACCAUGUGCCUUCUUGUACUCUGGGCUGAUGGAGGAAUUCUAGCCAAGCUCAUUUUGUAACUGGGAGAAAAGUAAAUUAAAGUAAAACAGAAACGAUGCAUGUCUUGAUGUGCUUUUUACGUGGGAAAAUAAAAUUGGAUCUCAUCUGGCCAAGCUGUUGACACAUUUUAGAGAAAAGGAUGAAUGGAAUCCCGUUCAGCUUUGUCCAGAUAUGAUCCGGACACAAAACGUGUUAAUAAAAGGGGUAAAUGGAAUUUAAUUUAAGAGAUCCUGAUUUGACCAGCUCUCUGCACAAAGCUUUUGAAUUUGCCUCAUGUCACCCCUGCCGUAGUCCAGGCCCCAGACUUGCACCUUGCCGAGCACAAUCCAACAAAAGGAUGGUUUCAACAGUGCUCAAUUGCAGGACUGAUUAACAGACGGACAGAAAGAGUGAGAGUGAUGUAGAGGUGAAGGCUCUCUGUUCAAAUUUCCAUCGUGGGCUCUUCUCCUCCACUGCACCAUCAGUACAAACAUCAGAAAUGUUUGCGGGACUAUGACAAAUGAGAGCUACACAAACAGGGAGAACAAAGACUACACUCUGCACUGCUAGCGUGCACACACACACACACAUGCACAGCACAGGAAAAGAUGGCUUUAAUGAGCUACAUUAUCACAUACAAGCACAUCAUUCGAAGCACAAAUGAAUGCAGUAAAUUGUAAUCAAGGCUACAAGAAGUUUUUGUUGUUGCAGAGGCUUGAAAUGCGAUAUGGUCAGGUGGAACAUGGAUGCUACUGUCUUAAAACCUGAGAGUAUCUUGCAGAUCUUUAGUCAACGACUCCAGAUUUAUGUGAAGGUGUUUCCAUAUUAGGUGCUCAUGCACUUAAAAAAUUGCCUUAUAAUAUAAGGUUCCAAAAGGUGUAACUUCAUAAUGCAUCCUUAUCAGCCUGAUUGACUAAAAGAAGUCAAAGAAUCUAUGACUUUAAAGAGGUAAUUAUUUAUUGAUGAGCCAAUAAUGCAUCCUCUUAUGAUGAAAGCACAUUGUAGGCUGUACUCUGACAUCAUAGAAAUGAUAAAAUUACUCUUACUUUCCAAAAUUCACAGCAGGAGUUUGAUCAUAUAUCAUAUAUAUAGUAAAAUGUCUUGAUGUUGUCUGGUUCAUUAAAAAAAAACAAGAUUUAUUUCAAAAUAAAAGUCUGCAGAGUAGGAUGUCUUUGAGCAAAAUAUUGAUACAGAGUUAUAAACAAUGCAGGAAUUGACAGGAUUCGCCCAGAUGAUUAGCUUUGAUCAUUGAUGUUGUGUUCCAGGAAAGGUGGCAAGUAACUCACAUCCCAAGGAAAUAUAUCACCUUAUAUUUUUCAAUAAUAUUACGUAUAUUUUACCUACACAUGCCCAAAUUGACAUAUAGAAAUAUAGUGACAUAUAUGACAAUAUAUUGGCAUUUAAAUGUUUAAAAAUGGCACAGUUAAAUGUAUUUAGCACAUUUUAAAACAUCACAUAUAUUUUUAAUAUGAGCAAAUAUAUGUACAGAUGUUUUUCUUUCAUGUGGGAGGAGAGGUAUGUCAGUGGUACAGUUUUAAAUAUUUAUUUUUUUUGUCAGUGUUGUCUCCAGUUACAGGAUUGAACUAACCUUAGUGUUAUGUAAGUCAUUAAGACAAUCUAGAACUCACCAAAUAUGUUAGGGAUGCACCCAUUCUAUUUUUUUAUGGUUGAUAAAAGUCUUGAUUUACACCCAAUUGGCCUUUGUUUUUGGGCCAGUUUUUAAAAUUUUUAUUUAUUUAUCUUUGUUACCUGACUGUAUGGGAUAAAUGUGGGACACUGUGGGAUAAAUUAACAAACAAAACACGCUAGCACAUUUUCAGCACUUUCUUUUAACCAUAACCAAAGUCACAAUGUAAACAACGUCACAGGCAAAACUGCCAUUUUUGAUUCUUAAAUGAAAAAUCAGUUACAUGUAGUAUCAAAUAAAACGCAGUACUGGAAGUGAGAGAUAACCGUGAAUUUAGCACAUUGAGUCAUGCAUAAUUGUGUUAUGACAUAUAGGUAGUAUACAAGAACAAGAACAUUCAAGUACAGUGCAAGUGUACCACCUCACAUAAUUUACAGUAAGUUACAAAAUGCAACCUAGAUUAAAACCAGAAUAAUAAAUUAGCUUAUUAUCUAGACUGUAUAUGAGGAGCAAAACUGAUCUUAGCUGAUUCCCCUAAAACUGUCAUGCAGCCUCCGGAAUCCCUUGUGGAAAUGGACUCGAUCUCCCAGAAUCCUCUGGGAGAUCACGUGACAUCACAGCUGACACAACGCCCCUCUCAGCGCUCUAGGUCUCAUUGAUGAGCAUCACCUGGGUGAUGCACUUGGGAUGUCAUAUAGCCCGGGCUAUAGCUUAGAGACAUUGCGAAGUAUUGAUUCACCUGGUGUUGAUUUACUGAGCGGUUUUUCUAUUGUUAUAUCAUUCAUGUAUGGCCUACUGCUAUUCAUUUUCAGUUUAUGCACUUUCUGCCCUGCCCUUUGGAUGUAUUUACUGCUUUCUCUGAUUUUUGGAUUUGAACUCGGCCUGUUUUUGUGACUACGAUUUGGAACCCUGUUGAUAUCAGUAAAAGCCCUUUCGACUACAAUCAUCUGCAAGCGUCUGACUGUGCUGGAAACCUUACAAAAACCUAAUUCACUCGUUAUUCUUUCCAUAGUAGUAGCCUUACUGCAACAAAAUACAGCACGCUAUGAGCGCUAGGUGGUGUAACUAAAUUGACUUAACAAGGCAAAAUUGAAUUUGUCGAAAACUAUUAAGCCAAUUGCAACUCUGGGGCCUCUGGCCAUUUCCAUUAAGUCUCACAAGUAGAAUAGACAAGAUUGUUCUAGCUGGCUUAUCAUUUUCAAGUGGUGCUGGGGGGACAUGGUAUUUGUGAGCAAAUGACUAUACUGUACAUGUAUGUAAAUUGUGAUUCUGAGUAUAAUAACUGUAAAUAUUGGUGUAAAUUUUGUUAAUUUACUGUGAAGAGUAUAUAUUGUAUGACUGUAUACAAACGGGUGUAUUCUUGUAUCCUUAAGUAUAAUGUACAUUAUAAACUUAGAAUAUCUAUUUUGUACAUGUCUCCGUACCAGUGUACAUGUUGUAUGUGAUGCUUGUGACUGAUGUGUCAAAAAAGUGUGUUGAAAAAUGCAGGGUGUUUUUUUUCUUCGUUCUUAAUUUUGUUUUUUGUUGUUGUUUAGUUUUUUUAAGUGUGAUGUUGUGAGACCUGAUGUUUUCGUUGGUUCUUCCCAGUUAAAGGGCCUCAGGACCGUGAACUGUCUGUGCUACUGUCUGUCCUCUGGACCUCUUCACCUUAGUUCCCUUAAAACGACUUAGGAUUUUGUUGUAAACGUUGGUUUUAAUCAGUGUAGCCGUCAACAUAUUAUUUAAUACCAACUAGACCUUCUGUAUUUUACUCAGUGUGGUUAAUCUGCAAUAUUAUUGUUUUUUGCUGCUGUCAGAUUUUGUGAAAAUGUCAAACAUUCACGCACUUCUUUAGUUCAGUGUGUUGGUUGUCAUUAGAGAAGAAAGAUGAUAGAAUACCUUUAGCUAAAGCAAACGCAUUCUUUAUGUCUCCAAAUAUAAUGACACACGAUAACAAUCAAAAAUGAAAUAGUAACGCACUCUGGCAGUGCACUUUUUAUCAUUAGGAAUGUUUAUUGUGAAUGUAAAUGCAUUUUGAUCCCCUUAAAGUGCUGUAAUAUUAUUUUACUUAUUUAAUGUGAAACACAGCCAUGCCUUUUCAGAAAAUGUUUAUGCUUUUAUCUUUAAAAAAAAUGAUGUAAAGUCUACACAUUUGUGCUGUACUAGAUUUAGGUGCAAAAAAGCAAUAUUUCUGCAGGCACUAAACAUGGGUAGAUGAACUGUGGGACAGAUCAAGUGUGAGGUAAUAUCAGAGUCAUAGAGCCUGUUGGGACCAGCACUGGUGGCGUAGCUCUUUUCACGAAAUAGAACGCUGUCAUCGUGCAGUGUAUUUUAGGCCUUUCAACUUGAUAUGACCCCACACCAAACCCUCUUCGUUAGGGUGCGAGCACAUUCAUAUACUAGCCAAAUGUACUCUUUUACUCUUAGCUGUACUGAGGACUCUUCUGAUGUCAGUGUCAUUGAUAUUGUACAGUAUUUCUGACACACAGAAAAUAUAUGACUACUGUAUAUUGACCAUCACAAAAGUCAACAAUAAAGAGUUGAUUCUCA